AUGUUGGAUGAGGCGAUUAAGUUUUUGAAUGACACGCCGUCUUCUGGAUGUCAACCAAAUGUUAUUACACAUAACAUAAUCCUGAGGAGUAUGUGUAGCACCGGGAGAUGGAUGGACGCAGAGAAGCUUCUUGCUGAUAUGCUUCGUAAAGGCUUUUCGCCAAGUGUUGUCACUUUCAAUAUCUUGAUUAAUUUCUUGUGUAGAAAAGCCGAACUCUUUGAUGAUGUUAUUUUCACUACUUUGAUUCAUGGUCAUAGUAGGAGUGGACGGAUUGAUUUGAUGAAAGAAAGUUAUGAGAAGAUGUUAAGUAGGGGUCUUCAGCCUGAUCUUGUUCUAUAUAAUACUUUAGUAAAUGGCUUUUGCAAGAACGGGGAUUUGGUGGCUGCAAGGAAGAUAGUUGAUGGGAUGAUUCUUAGAGGUCUGAGGCCUGAGAUAGGGAUUGUAGCUGACUUGGCCUCUUACAAAUCACUAGUUAAUGAGAUUUACAGAGCUUCAAAAGAUCACCGGAACAGCUAA